GUGAUCGAGCUCACGCCCGAGAACUUCGCGCGCGUCGUCGAGGCGCCCUCCUCGGGGAACGUCUUCGUGGAGUUUUACGCGCCGUGGUGCCCGUUCUGCCAGCGCCUGGAGCCGAUAUGGAGCGAGCUGCCGGAGAAGCUGCGAGACGCGGGCGUGCCCACGACGAUCGCGCGCAUGAACGUCGACACGUAUACCGAGUACGGCGAGGCGUUCGACGUGAGCGGCUUCCCGACGCUCAUCUUGUUC